AUGAGCGUGAACGGACUCCGGUUUGGAGCCGAUGCUUUCUCGUCGAAGGGACCUGUGGAGACCAAGACUGGCUCCGUGAUCUAUUGGGGAGACCCCCAGUCUUUCCAUGAUUGGGAAUUUCGCGUGCUCCUCAAGAUCCAGAUUCUUGAAGCCAAUGAGGCAGCUGCCAGAGCUGGCCUCGAAACUGCCGAGGAUGAGAAGAAGGAGCGCGAAGAAUUUGAAGCAGGAUUAGACGAGGAAGGAUACGAGAAGUUUCCAUCCACAGAAGAGUUGGACUCCUCCACUUCGUUGAGUGAACCCAUGCGCUGUGAACUUCUCAUUGAAUUGUCGGGAUUGACACAUCAAGAAGCUUUGGUCAUCAAGGCUUGCGCAGGAAGUCCAUUGUCAUUCGAGAAGGUUGCCAACACGUUGAUCGAGCACUAUGGUUCUGUGCACUUGAGAGGUGGAAGAUCCCUGGGCCACCAAGGACCCAGCAUGGGAUCAGGAAAAGGGAAACCAUCCACGCAUAAAGGCAAAGGAAAAGGCAGGAAUCCUUGGCAUACAGGCUAUUUCGCAGAGACCACCAGCGUCCAAGACGACUGGGAAGAAGAAUUUGCAGAAGACAUUGUGGAAGAUGAAGAGCCCCUUGUUGGUUUGCUUGCAGGAGCUGAUGAAGAAGAACCAGAGGAAGAUGAGUAUGAGCAUGAAGAAGUUGAAGAAUGGGAGAGUAUUGCACUCAACGCCAUGGCUGACCUGGAAGGCAGUCCAGACAUUGAUGCAUCAUCGUUAGGAGAAUCCAUCCAGUUACAGAUUGCUGCACUUGAGUUGUCAGAUGAAGUGGUUGAAGCCGUUGUUGCACAUUUCAACGAACAAGUCUCGUACCAGACAGGACACACAGCGGCAUCACUUCACCAGAUUCUGGAUGAAGCACUGGUGGCCAACGCCAACGAGCAGGACCCGUUGGAAGAUGAUGGCAGUUUUGAGUUCCCUGAACCGACUUCAUUCACGGCUGUGGCUGUCAAUCAGACCACUGGAGAUGUCAUGCUCAAUCUCCCAACAGUUGACGUGAUGGAUCCAGAUGACCCCCACGUGUAUGCAGCUUUGGAUGAAGGGUGCAACACCACCUGUCACAGUUCAGCAUGGGGUGAAAUGGCCACCAAGAAACUAGAAGCCAGAGGCUAUUCGUUCCAGUGGAAGGAGGAUGCUGAUGCCCAAGACGGAGAGGAGUCGAUUUAUGGUUAUUUGGAAUCAUAUGAGGCCGACGAGGAAGAAGAACAGGACACUCCAGAGGCUGAAGAUGAUGAGCCUAUGGAAGCAGUAGUUGUGGAAGAGACGAGACUGGACGAGUUGCGCGCCCAGGUGCAAGCAAGCAAGGAGAGCGACCGCGGACGCGGCGUCGUUGAGUCUUGCAACGAGCAUGAUCGGAUGACCUGGAUCGGCUCCGAUGCUGCACCUCAGAAAGAGAAAGUGAGGAUGCAGAUUCGUGUUCGAGGAACGCCGGACCCCACGAUCCCGGAGGACGUGGAAGUCGAAUCGGAGGAGGAAGAGAGUCCAGUCGUAGAAGAGCAGGGUCGUAGCCGAGAUUUGAUUGUUGAGGGUGACAACCAGGAUUUCAACAGUGCAUCGCCCAAGAUGAAAGCCCUGAUCCUUGAAGCAAUGAGAGGUGAGUGGGGUAAGUUCGAGCACUAUUCCGCAGCAGUGUUGAUUUCUGGACCUGACCUUGAGAAGCUCCCGAGGCAGGGCCACACCAUAAUCCCCUCAAAGUGGGUACUGGUUGACAAACACGAGUACCUAAAAGGGAAGAAGGAAUACACGCCCAAGAUCAAGGACGAGGUUUCUGGAAACGUUUGGACCGUGAAGCACGUGAUGUAG